CCGCUACAGGACCGUGGCCCCUCUGGUGGCCUCAGGAGCUGUGCAGCUCAUCUGAGAGGCUUUUCCAGGUGUGCAGCGGGCCGGCUGUCGCGCCCCCAGCCAUGCCCGUGGACCUGGCCGUGCGGCUCUGCCUGAGCCACUCGCCCCCCAUCCGCAAGCUGCUGCACUCCUACGAGGAGCUGCGGGGCAACCGAGGCCGCAAACCCCUUCGAUCUUGUCUCAACCAGAAGCUGAGCACAGACCCUGAGCCGGAAUGGAGAGACAGUACCAAGAGCUCCAAGGGCCAGAAGAAGAAGCGGGUUGUGUUUGCUGAUAUGAAGGGGCUCUCACUGACAGCUGUCCGCUUCUUCUCAAAGAUUGAGGAGGACCUCUGUGAUUUGCAGCAUGCCCUGUCCGAUCUUGCCUGUUUGCGACCUAGGCUGUGGGACUCGUGCCCAGAAGUGGGCAGGUAUGUGCUGGACUUCCCACAGCCAUCUGCAGACUAUGUGGCUUUCCGCAAAAGCCUACACAGCAACUUUGUCUGCCUGGAGAGCUGUCUGAUCCAGGACCGUGUGCUGUCAGGCACAGUGAAGGUUAGAAACAUUGAGUACGAGAAGAAAGUGACAGUCCGCAUCACCUUCGACGGCUGGAAGAGCUUSCGGGACAUCUCCUGCCAGUACAUGCACAGCACGUAUGGCUCAGCUGACACAGAUAUCUUCUCUUUUGAGCUUACCCUGCCCAAGCCAUCCAUCUCCCGUAGGGCCACAGAGUUCUGCAUCUCCUUCCAAUGUGGGCAAAAGACCCACUGGGACAACAACCAUGGGAAGAACUACAAGAUCUGCCAUGUGGGCAUGAUCCGCCCUCCGUCCCAGGCCGUGAAGAGUGCCAGCAGGGCCUGGGAGCAGCUUGGCACCGCUGGAGCUGCUGCUCUMGUCCUUUCUCACCUGCAGACCUGGMGGCGUUCAGAAACCCAGGCUCCSUAUUGGUAGGAAGGCAGUGUGUGGAGAGAUGUAGGUCCCCUUUUUGUCCUGACUGGUGCAAAGGUCUUUGGGGAGGGGUCAGCUAAUGCUGCUCAUGGUUUYGUUAGCUCCUUCGUGCCCUCUGCUCUAUCAGCAGCUGCCAUUCUCUGCAGRUGCCUCUUCACUGCUGGCUCCAGCUGCUUACAGAGGCUGGAAGCYGCUGCUUGGAGUGACACCUGCAUGUAGGUUCUCAAGGCAACACAAGGAAAGUAGAGAGUGACAAGGGCUGUGGGCUGGGCCCCSCGGCCCCAUCUGAGCCAGCCCGGGAGCCGCGGGGCCGGUGCUGCCGAGUGCCUUGUGCGGGUGUGGAGGGGCUCGGUGCUCCC